UCCUCUCGAGCUGCACUUGGAAGGUAGCUGAAGUCGUAAGCUGUUGUCGCUUCCUGAACAGGUCUUUUGGCUACCAAGUCAUCAUGUUUCGCUGUGCGUUUCUGAUUUUGUUCCUCGCUCUUGGAAAUGAACUCCAUCUAUCACAUGGGACUGAAGUGUCAGUCAACAACACGGAGAACAAAUUAUGCCUCUACGCCAAUUUGAUGGUCAACUUCUCAGUCGCAUAUGAAGUUGGUGUAAAUAAGAGUGAAACUGUUAUUUUGGUACUGCCUGAAAAUGUGACAACCGAAGGGAGCGCCUGUGAUAACACAACAUCGACAUUGAAACUCAGUUUUGGAGAUGGGCACAGUUGGACAGUGGAUUUCACUAAAAAUAACAAAACCUACCAAGUAGAUACCAUUAUCUUCUCCUACAAUCUCAAUGACUCAAGCGUCUUCCCCAACUCUACAUCAAAAGAAACCAAGUCUGUGACGGUAAAGUCAAUUAUCACCAAUGUGAGUGUGGACACCUACUACUCCUGUAAGAGUGCAGAUGUCCGGACAGUAGAGUCUGUCAUUCAGACACUGUAUGAUGUUGCUCUACAGGCGUUUGUGAUUAACGGCAGCAAAAGUGACACCGACACCAUAUGCUCCGCUGACAUGACCACCACUGUGGCGCCCACCACGACCGUUACCACCACAGCUGCCCCCACUUCUACCCCUACACUGCCCACGCCCACUACUGGAAAGUACAGCAUCGCAACCGACGUCAACAGCACAGCCUGCCUGAUGGCCACCUUCGGCCUACAGAUCGGCUACAAGCAAGGAGACAAAGAGGAGACCAUCAACCUGGUGCCUAAUAUGACUGAAGUGGGCGGAGCCUGUAGGGCCAACAGCAGCGAUCUCAUGUUGACAUCCGAUACAAUCACCAUCGUGUUCAUGUUCAGCAACGACGGCAAGAAGUUCCAACUGCACGCUCUGAAUGUCACAGUGAUACCAGCCACUGGGGCUCCCGUCGUUGCAGUCAAUACCAACAUGUCCAUUUGGGCGGCGGCGGUAGGCAGCUCCUACAUGUGCAACAAGGAGCAGACCUUAAACGUCACCGACACACUCACUCUUUACACGUUUGAGCUUCGCGUCCAGCCCUUUGAAGUCAACAAAGGCGAAUUCGCUACAGCGGAGGAUUGCCAAGACGAUACGACAGAGAGCUGGCUUGUUCCUAUAGCGGUCGGGGUUGCCUUGACUUUACUGGUCCUCAUUGUGUUGGUUGCCUAUUUCAUUGGAAGAAAGCGAAACCAGGGCACUGGCUAUGAGCACUUCUAAAUUAUUUUCACUAUGCUGAGGCUAUAACUUUGGUCAUCUGGAUAAUUGUUGAUUUAAUUUGACUUAUAAACUGUGCAGAGUUUACUUAAUGGUGAAAUUCACCGGAUGGAAAGCUCUUUCUCAUGAAACAAUGACUUGGAGAAGCGGCUGUGUUAACGAUGGCAUCUAACAGUUGUGUGUGUAAUUAGAAUUUAUUGAUUUUGAUUGACACAUCUUAUAUUCCUCAUCACAUGGUUGACUAUAGAUGGCUGGUGACCAAAUGUUUUCCUAAUUGCAAUUAAUGCCCAUGCGCUGACUGACCCCAAUGAAUAUGUCUUGGUUCUGAACUUGCUGCUUUUAAAAAAAAUUAAAUUUCUUCCAUGUCUGUGAAGGACUUAACCAAAUCCUGUUUCUUCUCUCCUCUUAACUCUGGUCUUUUCUGCGGACUAAUCACUAGCAUGCUAUCAUUGCUAACCCUUCUUCUCUGUCUCUUCUCUGUGGCAGCCGUGGAGUGCUUCAUGGACUCUGAUUUGAGCUUUCUGGUGCCCAUUGCUGUGGGCGUGGCCCUCAGCUUCCUAAUCAUCCUUGUGCUUAUCUCUUACCUGAUUGGCCGGAGGAAGAGUCGCACUGGCUACCAGUCUGUAUAAUCCAAUCACAGCUGCUUUUGCCCCUACCAUUCCCUCAUCCUCCAAGCCCCUCACAACAUGUUCCCUGUUGCCUCCCCAUCCCCAAAGCUUCUAUGGCAUCCAAAUGUUUCUUUAUAUUUCCCAUGGGUCUUUCCUUGAUGUUACCCUCAGCAAAUUCCCUGUUCACACUCCUACCCUACUUCUCACCCCAUCCAACAGUUCUUUUGAAAGUCCUUUUUGUAUGACUGAAGUCAUCAAGCAACAAAACCUGUCAAAAUGAUCAGUGGUUUUACACCAAGUGUGUUUGGAUGUAAAUUGCAUGGAGUAUCAUGGCUCCUCUUAAUAACAGGGCAUCAGUUGUUUAUUCCCAGAGGUUCAUAUGAAUGAGGCUGUUUUCUCACACUGUUCUGUUGAUAUCCUGUAUUAUAUUUGUGUACAUUUUAAUUGCUCUCUUGUAUAGAAUGAAUGUUCGUUUUUGAUGAAUAGAGAUGUCAAAUUAUACUGAGAAAAUAUUGAAAGCGCGUUGAAAUUUAGAGCCAAUGUUAUAUCUAAGUAUCCAUUGGUAAAUCUUUGCAGAAUUAGAAAAUGCCAUUUAUUUUUAUGAAUUCCCUCAUUAAAUUAGCAGAUUCUUAAUUGUGAUUGUACCCCCUGCACUUAUUUCUCUUAGUCGUAGUACAAUAAAAGGGUUUUGACUAGAAUGGAUAUAGCUUUUGUCAGAUUUUGCUUUUCAUGGCAGGUUAGGAGAAUUAGGUUAGGAGAAUUAGGUUAAGGUUAGGAAAUUGUAUUCCUUUCUAGCCAUGACCCAAUGAAAGGGACUAACUUUACAAAGACACUGCUACUAACCAGCAUUUGGAGCAGUUGCAUAAAUGUCAUUUUGAUGUUUGUAUUUUCAUUAAUGUUAAAGUCCCUUUGGAAAGGAGGAUGAUGGCAUAGUCUUGGGUCUGGUAUCAGAAAUGGCCCAGUUAAGAAAUCUACAAGAACUGGGUCAUGUUCGGUAGGGAGAAAGUUUUGAAACUUUAUAAACUGUGAGGUACUGCCUGAAAAAUAGAAAUUCUCUUGCAACCCUUUUUGCUACCGCCUAUCUUUCUGAAUGUGACCCAGGCCUCAUAAUAGGAAGUAUAAGAAUUUACCAAAGCCUGGACAGCAAGGAACUCCUUUCUAAACCUCCCCAUCUCAGAGCAGGUAAAUUAACAGCCACUUUUUUUUUUGGAAAAACAGUCAAAUGAAUUCAGUGUGUUUUGACCAAGGAUGCUAUUUCCUUACUGUUCUUGUAUCAUGCUCAUUAUUCGGUGUGAACUUCUGUUUUGUACCAAUACUUAUGAUUAUACUGAUCCUGGUUAAGUUUGCCUCUAAGAUGUGGUUUUGUGCCUUUUUGUUGCACUACUAUUCCCCUUAUAACAAAGUCUGUCUCUUAUCUCAUGACGAUUGUGAAAUGAUGUUAGCUCGUUGAACUAAAGUUGAGGGAAACGUUUAAAUAAAGUUGCUUUCCUGUUUUGUA